ACAAAGGGCCAAUACCUCUAACGUGAAUCUGUAACAGUGCGUUUGAAUAAUAAGCGAAAUAAAAUUAUACCCCCUUUAUAUUUAAGAAUUGAAAUGUGUGUGCUCUAGAAGAACCAUUAUUAGCGAAUUGUCGUUGAGACUCAUUAGCCUGAACCUGUGUGAAUUGAGUAAAUUAUAUGUUUCAGUUGUGCAAUGGCUCGCGGACAGCAGAAACUGCAAUCGCAGGCCAAAGCAGCAGAGAAAGCUGCCAAGCAGAAGAAGCAGCAAGGUCACAAUGCCAACUCGCAGAAGAAAGCAGCUCAGGCAGCGCUGGUGCAUGUCUGUGCUGUUUGCAAGGCCCAGAUGCCAGACCCGAAGACUUACAAGCAACACUUUGAGAACAAACAUCCAAAGAAUGAUAUGCCAGAUGACCUCAAAGAUGUUGCUCUAUAA